UGGAGGCGAAGGGGAUGAGGGCAGCGAGUCAUCUGCGUUGGUGUGCGUGAAGGUGAAGCGAGAAAGUGUAAGAGAAUCGUAGCACAUGAAACUCGUACACCGAAAGGGAAGAUAAACUGCAACAGAGGAAUCUGAAGGCUCCCUUGCACACGAAGCCAUGGCCAACGCUCCCGAUAAUAAGCUCACUUCCUCAAGCUCCGAGCUCGACUUGGAUCGCCCCAAUCUCGAAGACUACCUUCCCUCCGGAUCCAUGCAAGAACCUCGCGGCAAGCUUCGCCUUGAUUGUGGAUUGGUGGAUUGGUGGACUGUGUGCAGGCGUGAUUUAUUGGACAUUUCGCCGACCCUAACCGAGGCUGCUGGGGCCAUUGUUGACGACUCUUUCACACGAUGUUUCAAGUCGAACCCUCCGGAGCCUUGGAACUGGAAUGUGUAUUUGUUUCCUCUUUGGUGUUUGGGAGUGGUAAUUCGAUAUGGAAUUUUAUUUCCCACAAGGGUUCUAGUACUCACACUGGGGUGGAUAAUAUUCCUUUCAUCCUUUAUUCCAGUACAUUUUCUAUUGAAGGGAAACGAUAAGUUGAGGAAAAAGUUGGAGAGAUGUCUAGUGGAGUUAAUUUGCAGCUUCUUUGUUGCAUCAUGGACUGGAGUUGUCAAGUACCAUGGGCCACGGCCUAGCAGGAGGCCUCAGCAGGUUUUUGUUGCCAAUCAUACUUCCAUGAUUGAUUUUAUCGUUUUAGAACAGAUGACUGCAUUUGCAGUUAUUAUGCAGAAGCAUCCUGGCUGGGUUGGAUUGCUGCAAAGUACCAUUUUGGAGAGUGUAGGAUGUAUCUGGUUCAAUCGUACAGAAGCAAAGGACCGUGAAAUUGUUGCUAGGAAGCUAAGGGAUCAUGUUCAGGGGGCUGACAACAACCCUCUUCUCAUAUUCCCAGAAGGAACUUGUGUGAAUAACCACUACACUGUCAUGUUCAAGAAGGGCGCAUUCGAACUUGGCUGCACUGUUUGCCCUAUUGCAAUAAAGUACAAUAAGAUUUUCGUUGAUGCUUUCUGGAACAGUAAGAAGCAAUCCUUUACAAUGCAUCUUCUGCAGCUUAUGACAUCCUGGGCUGUCGUUUGUGAUGUUUGGUACUUAGAGCCCCAAACAUUGAAGCCAGGAGAGACACCCAUUGAAUUUGCAGAGAGGGUCAGGGACAUAAUUUCUCUUCGAGCUGGUUUGAAAAAGGUUCCUUGGGAUGGAUAUUUGAAGUACUCUCGCCCUAGCCCAAAGCAUAGAGAGCAGAAGCAGCAGAGCUUUGCUGAUUCAGUGUUACGGCGCCUGGAAGAGAAGUGAUAUACAUAUUACAUCUUCUGAAGUAAGUGUUUCGUGUUUGUUCAGGCAUCACAUUCCUUGCUGCACACCUGAUUUCCCCCCCUAGUGGUUGGUAAAAAAUUUCUUGGAAGACACUCUAAGACCUGUGUACAAUUUUGCAUCUCAAAAUAAGAUUGUCUUAUAUGAUUAUUGAUUGUAUCAGUGAACUGUGGAAAUAUUGCUACUGUUUCGAACCUGUCAUGGUAAUUGAUCCAAUUUCUAGCA